AUGAACUUCCAUGUUUUGCUCGGUUUUCUGCUCUUCGAGCCCCUCCUCGCCUACAAUGUACUAAUAAUUUCGCCUCACUUUGGAUACAGUCAUAUGAAAUUUAUGGGUCUUUUGGCCGAUCUUCUCUUGGAUGCUGGACAUUCCGUGGUUUGUCUUCACCUCGAUUGAAGUGCUGAAUUUGAAUCAAAAACUCGUGCUUACAAAGUAUUUCUGUGAUUCAAUUUCUGAACCUCAGCCAAACGUCAAAGAAAAAUUUUGAGGACAUUUCUUUCAAGAUUCGUAUAGAAAAAUGUGUACAGCUGUAUCUCAGAGAAAAAAAAAACGUUUCGAGCUUUUUUUCCGUGAAAAUAACGCAUGACGGUCCCAAUCACCGACACUUUGAGACUGCGAUAGUGUUUUCAUGUAGAUAACAAAUUUUGAUAAGAUCGAUAAACUUGCAAGUUUUUGUUUGAUGUUUCAAAGAACAAAUCUGAGUUAUACUUGAAGUACAAGUCAGCAAGGUUCUCUCUAAACUUCAAUCUCUACUCUUGGAAAGUUCAAUUGAUUUAGAUAGGUCAUGUAUUUGGAAAAAAGCCAUUUUCAGACACUGUUUGAGCCACUCGUCCUCGACAGCUAUAAAAGCAAGAAAGUGGUUUCCAGUCCCAAUGUCACGGUAGAAAAAACUUUUCCAAUCUGAGUAAAUCAUGGGUAAACACAGAGAAUCUUCUACGAACAUGACGCUGAAGGCAUCGCAUACGUCAAGAAGAAGGGCGACAAGUUUUUCUCCGAACUCUGGGAGCCGACCGAGUCUCUGACCGGCAUUCUCGAUGUUUUUCUUUUUUCUUUUUGCCAUCCAAUAUUUUUUUGGUUUCAGCUACCUAACGUCUUCAUCGCCGAUUUCCAACACAUGUCAAAAAGUUCGAGUUUUGCUUUUAAUUUGUUGUGAUUUUGAAUUAUUCUGAAAAAGAACCUGUUUUCCGCUAAUUUCAGAAGUAUUCUUGCGACUCUCACUCUGUUUGAAAAACUAUCGAUUGAAAAAUGAGAUAAUUUUCAGAAAUUUUCCGAGACAAAGAGAUGCACGAAAUGUUGCGGAGCAAAAAGUUUGACCUGGCGAUAUCGGAAACUUUUGAUUUUACCGGACUUUGUAAGAAAAAUGUGAGAAAAGUCGGAGUUUCAAAAACAUUUUCAGAUCUCGCUGAUUUUUUGGAAAUUCCAUCAGUUCUGCCGGUUUUCUCAGCGGUCAGACUCCCUGGUCCGAUGAACGCUCUGGGACAAGAUUUUUCCUCAAAUAUCAUUCCAGGUAUAAUUAAUUUCAAGCACAUCUGAAUUAUUUUCCAGGCGCCUUCUCCAAAUACGGAGAUGAAUCUACUAUCGGAGACCGAGCCAAAAAUCUCAUGAGCCACAAACUUUUCGCUUACAUUUUCAACACUGUCUUCGAUAAGCAGUACGAAUGGGCUAAAGAGGCCUUCGGAGACAAGGCGAGACACUGGGAAGUCGGUUUUCUCGCUUUUCUUCUGAAAUACUCGGAGUUUGUGGAAGAGCUCAAAGAAGUUCAGGACAUUGUUGCGGAUGGGACAUUUUUCCUCACCAACGGAAAUAAUUACUUGGACUUCCCAAUGAUGUUGCUGCCCAAGAUCGUGCCAAUCGGUGGCAUCACCAUGACAAACGAUAAGUCCAUUCUGAAACCGUUGCCUGAAGUUGAUCAUCUUUUCUGUUCUCACUAACCUCUAUCUUCAAGGAGUACAACAAGAUGUUGUCAGAGAGAAGCUCAACUGUUUUCGUUUCUUUUGGCUCAGUCCUGCGCUCGGUGGACAUGCCUUGGAGAUACAAGUUGGAGCGACUGUUAAAUGCCGACGAAACCCGGAUUCAGAGAAUCGCUGAUCAAAGUUUUCGAGCUGAUGCCGGACACGACGUUCAUCUGGAAGUACGAGGAGGACGACAAAGAUCUGUCUGCGAAGCUUCCUUCCAACGUGCAUCUCAGGAAAUGGGUUCCUCAGCCGGCCCUUCUAGGUAAUGUGAAUUAAAUUGUGCUUUUUGGAUUGAUCGUUCAGGACGAUACUGUGGUUUAGAACUUAUUGAUUUAGAACUUAUUUUUAAUUAUUAAAAAAAUAAUUUUGAAGUAACUUUCCUUUUCUCCGGUAUGUUCAUGACGAUACUCAUUGUUCUAUUUCCAAUUUAUUUUUUCGAGAAAAAACUUUCAAAAUGAAGACGUGGUUCAGCUGACAAGCGCGUGAAGGCUUUCGUGACUCACGGCGGCCUAGGAAGCACCAUGGAAGUUGCCUAUUCGGGAAAGGCGGCCUUGAUGGUUGAAAAACAGUCUUCCAAAAGAUUUCAGUCUGGUUCCUUCAGAUUCCUGUGUUCGGAGACCAGCCCAUCAACGCCGAAAUGUUGGCGCGCCACGGCUCGGCCCUGCGCUACAAUGUGAAAGACCUGACCGACGCGCCGAAGUUCGUGUCGCAUUUGAAGCGGCUCACUCAAAUACCGAGGUCUAUCCCAAAAAUAUUAAUCUCAGAGUUACACUUUACCCCGAUUUCAGCUUUGCCGAAAACGCUCAAAAGCUCUCCGAAGUCCUGAAAAAUCCACCCAUAGAUCCUCGCCAAAUUGCACUCAAGCAUAUUGAAUUCGCUGCCAGGUCUUGUAUUUUCAGUUUUUUUUCGUAUCCUGUUUUUCCAGAUUCGGGAAGCUUCCCAACAUGAACUCUCACGCUAGGAAGCUCAACUUUGUGCAAUACUACUUCCUCGACAUAGCGGCCAUAAUCUUCUCUUGUUUAUUUGUGAUAGUUUAUGUAACGAGCAAAGUAGUUUGCGGCGUCGCCAAGUUCCUGAAAGGAAAUGUGAAAGAGAAAUCUCAAUGA